GCGACCAACAAAGCGGCAAGUGUUGCAGGUGGUCAUGAGCCUUUUUGACCCGCUCGGAAUUGUGGCCUGCUACACCAUACACGGGAAAAUUCUCAUCCAGUCCAUCUGGCGUUCGGGAAUUCUGUGGGAUGAUCCUAUCUGCGACGACGACUUUGAUAUGUGGCAGCGCUGGAUCAAACUGACACCGAAGUUGGAAAAUGUAAGAGUGCCACGUUGUUAUUUCCCCAACUACACUACCGGCAGCUACAAUUCACUUCAGCUGCAUGUGUUCGUGGACGCCAGUGAGCUGGCCUACUGUGCUGCGGCCUAUUUUAGAAUCGUUGACGGAGAUACUCCCCGCUGCGCUCUGGUGGCAGCUAAGGCCAAAGUUACACCUUUAAGACCACAAUCCAUACCUCGAAACGAGCUGGGCGCUGCAGUGAUUGGUUCUCGGUUGCUGAAGUCUGUAGAAGAAAGUCACUCACUGCAAAUUACCGAAAAGUUCCUGUGGACCGAUUCUUCGACUGUUAUGGCCUGGCUCCGUGCGGAUCCACGAAAAUAUCGCCAAUUUGUCGGUUUUAGAAUAGCAGAAAUUUUGACGAAUACUUCGGUGGAAGACUGGCAGUGGGUUCCUUCCCGUGACAACAUAGCCGACCAAGGAACCAAAUGGGGUAAUGGUCCCAACUUCGAUCCAGAUGGUUUGUGGUACAAAGGACCCGAAUUCUUGUACCGACCAACAGAAGAAUGGCCGAAACAAAAACCCUGCUUGGAGUCACCCAAAGACGAAUUACGGUCGGUAAACGUUCAUCGUCAGUCUGACGAUGAUUUUGUAGUCAACAUGGAAAGUUUCUCGCGGUGGGAUGGGCUACUCAACCGAGUUGCUUAUAUGUAUCAUUUCGUGCACCGCUUCAAGCGCUUCAAACGGGAACCGGUGGAAUCUAGUGAAUCCUGUGGUGAUCUGAAUCGUGAUGAUUAUGUGUCGGCGGAAGCAGCCAUUUGGCGGGCUGUGCAGCGACAGGUGUUUGCGGAAGAAAUUCAAGCGCUUAGAAGCAGUUCUGAGCUUUCAUCGAAGCAGUGGAAGCGUAUCGGCAAGGGAAGUGUCCUAGCGAAGCUAUCACCGGUGAUCGAUGAGUCCGGUGUUCUCCGGAUGGCGAGCAGAAUCGACCCUCAAGCGGCUUAUUAUUCGUUCGACUUUCGAAAUCCUGUGAUAAUACCAAGAGAUCAUCAUGUCACCACUCUUUUGAUCCUGCGAUUUCACCAAAAGUACGGCCAUGCCAAUACCGAGACUGUACUGAACGAGCUCAAGCAACGUUACUACAUCCCCCGGAUGAGAGCCAGUGUGAAGAAGGCGAUUAAAAGCUGCAUGUGGUGUCGUGUUUAUCUGGCUAGACCACAGGCUCCAAAAAUGGCCCCACUCCCCCAGCCCAGGGUUAAACCCUAUGUACGACCGUUCACCUUCACAGGGCUGGACUACUUCGGACCACUGCUGGUCAAACGAGGACGUAGCGACGAAAAAAGGUGGGUCGCGCUUUUCACCUGCCUCUCGGUGAGGGCGUUGCACCUAGAAGUGGUGCAUUCUUUAUCGGCAGAAUCCUGCAGGAUGGCAAUUCGGCGGUUUGUCGCUAAGCAUGGUCCUCCUCAAGAGAUAUUCAGCGACAAUGGGACGAACUUCCGCGGGGCAGCCCGAGAGUUGGAAGAAGAAACUAAUGCAAUCAAUAAGGAGUUAGCGAGCUACUUUACCAACAGCCAUACACAAUGGCACUUCAACCCCCCUUCUGCCCCCCAUAUGGGCGGGGUUUGGGAGAGGAAAGUCCGGUCCGUGAAGGAGGCGUUCAAGACUCUCUCGCACCAUCAAAGGCUAGACGAUGAAGGACUGCGAACAUUGCUCUCGGAAGCAGAAUUGAUAGUCAACUCCCAUCCGCUGACGUUCGUGCCGCUGGAGGAUCCCAACGAAGAAGUGCUGACUCCAAAUCAUUUCCUCUGGCUAAGUUCCGGCGAGGACAGCAAACCACCAAGGGUACCAAUCGACGAUGUUACACCUCUUCGACCAAACUGGAAGGUUAUUCAACACUUAACAAACCAGUUUUGGAAGCGCUGGGUGCAAGCUUACCUACCUACUAUAGCCUGCAGGACGAAAUGGUUCGCGGAAACGCGGCCGCUGAAGGUCGGCGAUCUAGUGGUCAUCGUAGACGAGUCCGUGCGCAACGGAUGGCUCCGAGGUAAGGUGGUGAGGACUUAUCCAGGACGAGACGGACAAGUUCACAAGGUCGACGUGGAGACUUGCGACGGAUCUACUCUUCAAAGACCAGCGGUAAAGGUUGCUCUGUUGGACGUGCAGGAGGAGAGUAAAGUCGAUUGACUACGACGUUACGGGUUGGGGUGUUAGUAGAACUGGCAACCUUGGUACGGGAUCGGACAAACGUCAACGCGUUGGCGCCGAAAAAGAAUUGUCAUUGUUAGAAAAUUGAUCGAAACUGCGACACGUUUUUUCUUGACCUGGCAGUUAGUUAGUUUGUAGUGAAUUGUUUUUAGCGAAAACAGUAUGUAUUUGAUCAUUAGUUAUUUGAUCAUCUUUUAAUGUAUUUUUUAUAGUAGGUGGAAGCUAUUUGGCCAGUUGCGCGUGAUUUUUGUGCUCGCGGUUUAGUGAGUCGGAAGAGGUUAGGUGAUAGAAAUUCCUUACUGCGCAAUUUGCCACUAAAAUAUUGUAUUUCCUUUGAUAGUUUGAGUGACCGUUCGGUUGUUCCGGUUAGGUGUACCGGGUUGAGCUCAAUUAGAGCGGUAGGAAAGAAAAAGCCUUCAAAUAGCCGGUGAUAUCCGACGGUUUAGGGUUGCCAGAGCUAGAGCUUAGGGUAAACGGCGAAACUUAUUUUCGAGUUCGUUCGCAUACAACGU